AUGGCGAAUACCACAGUUCGCAUUACCGAUGGAGUUUGUCCCAUCUUCUCCUCGGGUUCGAGAAGAGCUCACAAUCUCGGUUUUUCCCACUGUAAGUCAACCCAACGAUUGACCUCCGUCGCGAUCGGGCGUUUCCGUGGCCGAAGAAAAGUGACGGCGACGGUGAAUCCAUACUCGGACACCGAUGCGGCGCGGCCGGAGGAGCGAAAGAGUUUGGCGGAUUUUGUGUUGGAAGUUGGAGAUUUCUUCAGAUCAGACGGCGGAGACGGCGGUCCACCUCGGUGGUUCUCUCCGUUGGAAUGUGGCUCACGAGCUCCAGGAUCUCCUCUUCUCCUCUACAUACCUGGUUCGUCACUUUUAACCUUAGAGCUGAAAUCGAUAAAAUCUAAAUUUGCAGGGAUCGAUGGUACUGGAUUAGGGAUGAUUCGCCAGCAUAAGAGGCUUGGAGAGAUAUUUGACAUAUGGUGCCUUCACUUUCCAGUCACUGAUCGUACUCCUGCUCGAGACAUUGUGAAGCUCAUUGAGAGGACAGUUAGGUCAGAGUACUACCGUUUCCCAAACAGACCCAUCUAUAUGGUUGGAGAAUCCAUUGGAGCUUGUCUUGCUCUGGAUGUUGCAGCGAGUAACCCCGACAUCGAUCUUGUCUUGCUUCUGGCUAAUCCAGUCACACGUUUCAGCAACUUGAUGUUGCAACCUUUAUCGAGUCUACUGGAAAUAUUGCCUGACGAAGUUCCCAGCUUGAUAGAGGAGAAUUUUGGGUUUAAAGAAGGCUAUCCGUUUGCGGCAAUGUUCGAGAGUAUGCUGAAUGAAACUAUCGCGCAGAUGGGUGGUGGACUCUUAGGAGACUUCUUUGCAUCUUCAGCUAAUCUUCCUACUCUGAUGAAGAUCUUACCCAAGGACACACUUCUAUGGAAGCUCCAACUGCUUAAGUCUGCUUCAGCAUCUGCUAAUUCUCACAUGCACACAGUCAAAGCCGAAACACUGCUACUUCUGAGUGGACGCGAUCAGUGGUUACUGAACAAGGAAGACAUUGAAAGACUCCGUUCUGCAUUGCCGAGAUGUGAAGUCCGUUACUUUGAGAAUAAUGGACAGUUUCCUUUCUUGGAGGAUGGAGUAGAUCUGGCGACAAUCAUCAAGAUUUCCUAUUAUUAUCGCCGUGCAAAGGAACAUGACUACAUUUCGGAUUACAUUCUGCCUACUCCUUUUGAGCUCAAAGAGUUUGAACAAUCACAAAGAUUGCUAAUCGAUGCUACUUCUCCAGUAUUUCUCUCAACUCUAGACAACGGUACAGUGGUAAGAUCACUUGCAGGAAUACCUUCAGAGGGACCGGUUCUGUAUGUUGGCAAUCACAUGUUGCUUGGUCUCGAACUGCGUCCAGCAGCGAUUCAUUUCUUGAAAGAAAGAAACAUUCUGCUGCGUGGACUGGCACAUCCCGUGAUGUUUGCCAAAAAAACAGGCUCAAAACUCCCUGAUAUAGAGAUGUUCGACUCGGUUAGGAUCAUAGGCGCGGUUCCCGUCUCGCAUGUGAACUUCUACAAACUUCUUCGUUCAAAGGCUCAUGUGGUUUUGUAUCCUGGAGGCGUCCGUGAAGCUUUGCACAGAAAGGGUGAAGAAUACAAGUUGUUUUGGCCAGAACAUUCAGAGUUUGUAAGGAUCGCGUCUAAAUUUGGAGCGAAAAUCGUUCCUUUCGGUUCUGUUGGAGAAGAUGAUCUCUGUGAAAUGUUUUUGGAUUACAAUGAUCAAAUGAAGAUCCCUUUCCUGAAGAAUAUCAUAGAUGAGAUAACACAUGACACUACUAAGCUAAGGAACGAGGAAGAAGGCGAAGUGGGAAACCAAGAUUUGCAUAUGCCUGGACUAAUUCCAAAGAUUCCGGGAAGGUUUUACGUAUAUUUUGGAAAACCGAUAGAUACAAAAGGUAAAGAGAAAGAGCUAAAUGACAAGGAGAAAGCUCAUGAGGUUUACUUGCAGGUCAAGUCUGAAGUAGAAAGAUGUAUGACCUAUUUGAAGAUUAAAAGAGAAAAGGAUCCUUACAGAAACAUAUUCCCGAGGCUGCUUUAUUACCUCUCACAUGGUUUCUCUUCUCAAAUCCCAACCUUUGAUCUCCGAGAUCAGUAAAUUACAGUUACUAGAUUUGUGUUAUUUUACAAUAUAAACUAAUUUAACUGUGUGGGGUUCAAAGUAAAAAAAACAUAAACUUGGGUUUAUUUUGUAACUUUAUAAAAGUAUGUGGCUUUUAAUGUAAAAGUUGAUUAACUCCGGGGUGCUAAAUUUUAUGCAAGUUUAGAAAGUUUGAUGUGUUUUCGUAGAUUUAUCUGUUUAACUUCGGGGGUGUUCGGUG